AUGGAGACUGAGAGAAAUGAGGGAGCUGUUCCAAAGACCAAAGAGGGACUAAAACAAAUCGCAGGAAAGGCCCUCGGAAGUCUGUACAGGAGGUUGGAGAAGCGGCAGCAGACGGGCGAGGCCAUCGAGCUGACCGAGGAUGGGCGGCCCCGGGCCGAGCAGGGCCGCAGGGGGCCCCUCUGCGACUGCACGUGUUUCGGACUUCCGCGCAGGUACAUCAUCGCCAUGCUUAGCGGCCUGGGCUUCUGCAUCUCCUUCGGCAUCCGCUGCAAUCUGGGCGUGGCCAUCGUCAGCAUGGUCAACAAUAGCACGGUCCACCAGAACGGCAAGAUCAUCAUUAAGGAGAAAGCGAAAUUUAACUGGGAUCCAGAGACGGUGGGGAUGAUCCACGGCUCCUUCUUCUGGGGUUACAUCGUCACCCAAAUUCCGGGGGGGUAUAUUUCCUCCAGACUGGCUGCUAACAGGGUUUUUGGGGCCGCCAUCGUGCUCACAUCCACGCUGAAUAUGUUCAUCCCCUCUGCGGCUCGCGUGCACUACGGAUGCGUCAUCUUUGUGAGGAUAUUGCAAGGCCUGGUCGAGGGAGUGACUUAUCCAGCGUGUCACGGCAUCUGGAGCAAAUGGGCUCCUCCACUGGAGAGAAGUCGGCUGGCAACCAUCUCUUUCUGCGGAUCCUACGCUGGUGCAGUCAUCGCCAUGCCUCUAGCUGGAAUCUUAGUCCAGUACACAGGGUGGUCAUCCGUCUUCUACGUGUAUGGGACCUUUGGCCUAAUCUGGUACAUGUUCUGGAUCUUGGUGUCCUAUGAGAGCCCGGCCGAGCACCCGACCAUCACGGAGGAGGAGCGCCGUUACAUCGAGGAGAGCAUCGGCGAGAGCGCCCAGCUGAUGGGGGCCAUGGAGAAAUUCAAGACCCCUUGGAGAAAGUUCUUCACCUCCAUGCCCGUCUAUGCAAUUAUUGUGGCAAACUUCUGCAGGAGUUGGACCUUUUAUCUCCUGCUCAUCAGCCAGCCUGCUUACUUUGAAGAAGUGUUUGGCUUUGAAAUAAGCAAGGUCGGAAUUGUGUCAGCGCUCCCCCACCUGGUCAUGACCAUCAUCGUCCCCUUAGGAGGCCAGCUAGCCGACUACCUGCGUACGCACAACAUCAUGUCCACCACCACGGUCCGGAAGAUCAUGAACUGCGGAGGGUUCGGCAUGGAGGCCACCCUCCUCCUGGUGGUGGGUUAUUCUCACAGUAAGGGGAUUGCUAUCUCCUUCUUGGUGCUGGCGGUGGGCUUUAGUGGCUUUGCAAUAUCAGGUUUUAAUGUCAACCAUUUAGACAUCGCUCCACGUUACGCCAGCAUCCUCAUGGGCAUCUCCAAUGGUGUGGGCACCCUGUCCGGGAUGGUCUGCCCCCUCAUCGUGGGAGCCAUGACAAAGAAUAAGACUCGGGAAGAGUGGCAGUACGUCUUCCUGAUUGCCUCCCUGGUGCAUUACGGAGGCGUGGUCUUCUACGGGAUCUUCGCAUCCGGGGAGAAGCAGCCGUGGGCCGACCCGGAGGAGACCAGCGAAGAGAAGUGCGGUUUCAUUGACGAAGACGAGCUGGCCGAAGAGACGGGCGACAUCACGCAGGGUUACGGCACCAUGGGCGGGCCCGCCAAAAGCUACGGGGCCACCGCGCAGCUCAACGGAGGAUGGGUCCAGGACUGGGAUAAGACGGAGGAGUAUGUUCAGGAACCAGCCGGGAAGAUGUACUCAGAGCGAGGCUACUCCUAAGAGCAGAUACUUGUAUGUCUAAUUUCCAUCAAAGAUUGCACAACUGAACAUUAUAGAUAGAUGAAUCCAUUCUGUGUAUUCUAGUUGUACGGCGGUUCCAGUUUUUAAAAGCCAGUGUAAGGGGGAGUCCAUGUUAGAUUCCCGGGCACUUCUCAUCCCAUCUGCAGUCAGCGUAGAGAGGUUGCAAAGAAAGCUGCAGGCCUAUGUUGUAGUCUUAGGCACCCAAACCUCAUCAGUUUACUUGAACAACACGAGCCAGACGACACUGCAGUAGACCAUCAGGCAAGGUCUCUCGCCUAUUGCACUGAAACUACUACAAGAAUUCUAAAAAAAAAAAAAAAUGAAAAAAUCAGAUUAUAUUGUGUUUUAUGUACUGUAUAUACCUGUAUACUGUUUCUGUGAGACUAUUGUGGAUUUGGGUCGUUGAUCUGUGUUUACCAUUGAUAUAAAAAGGCCAUAUUUUUCAUGGACAGUACCUUUUCAGGGAGAUGUCUGCUUGCAAAAAAAGGUCUGGUCCUCCUCCUCCUCCUCGAGCCAGAUCGUAAUACUCUCGAGGACAAAAAUAGGGCGAGUGAACCUUUAGGAUUGUUGUGUGCGUUUCUUGCAUGACUUUGCGCCAAUUGAUGUUGAGAUGCAGCGUUGUCCUCACAUAUCCGCCCGCCAUGAUGGAUGAGAAAAAUAAAACGAUGUGCAAUGAGAUGGUGAGGCGAGACAAAUCACGAGGUCGGUUGUUCGUCGAAGUUUGGUGUGCACUGCAAUAAAAUCCUGUGUAAUGGCUGCUACCCAGCACCUUCUGUUUUUGUAACGUAACACUGGCUUGUCGUGAUGAUCAACGCUGUGUGUUUUGAACAAUUCUACCCAUGUCCCGAGAAUCCAGCUUUAGUGCUCCACGUGCCGAUUUUUGACAGUGAGGAAUGCAGUACUGUACGUGGACGACUCCUUCGGUGUUUCUUGCUUCUUCUCUCCCGAGCUACUUUAUGGACCACAUUCAUUCAUAAGGCGCUUCCAUUUGAAUUUCUUCGCUACUUUGC